GGAAGUUUCCUGUCAGAGUUGCAGUAUAGAAACACCCCGUGGGUGAAAUGUGACUACAGUUUAGCUGAAGCUGAUGCCUUGACAUCAGAAAGCAGUUCAUGUUGUGAGAUGACGGAGGUGCCACAUUUGGGUUGUUGGGAACCAAAUCCAAUUUUUUUUAAUGUUCUUAAAGUAGCUUCCUCAGGCUGAAAGACAAGAUACUGGAUUCAGUUGAUAUCUGACAGUGUGAAGAACUGAAUGUGAAUUUUACAUUACAAAAUCUCCCAUGAUUUAGGAGAGAAGAAUAUAAAUCAUGUCUGCUCAAAGAAAGAAAAGCCUCGAGUCAGAUCAGUGGGUAAAGGACUCGAGUGAAACAACCAGGGCUGGUGAGUACAAUGUAAGGAACAAUACUAAUGCUCCACAACACCACACACCAGAAGAAAAUGAUCAAUCAUCAAGCUUAUUGUCUAAUACUGACAAAUUACAACCUGAAACCUGCGAUCCACCUUCACCGGACCUCACAGCAAAAAGAAGAAAGCUGGGAUCCAGACGAAAAACUAAAGAGCGACAGCAUGCAAAGGACUCGGCAAAUGAAUUAUAUCACAAACCUAGAGAGGAAGUUGAGGAAAUCACUAAGGGUAAGGAAGCCCUCGAAACAACACAACUGCCAAUACAACCUGAGAGGCAGGAAGAAUUAAGUCAAGGGAGUAAGCAUGAUGUCUCUGUAACACAUGGCAGCUCUUUGUAUUUAGCCAGUACAUCUGGUUAUUCUUGUGAGGUUGAGAACCUUACAACAAGCUGCACAGAGGAUAUCCCAGAAAUUCUAAGUCCCGGAAAUGGAAAUCAACAAGGAGCCAAAGAUGAAAAUGAGACUGGCAGAAAAGUGACGUACUAUUCUUGUGGAUCGGUGGAAACCAUGCAGGAGGCGGCUGAUAAAUCCGAGACUCUUCAGAGUGAAGAAGUCAAAGAAAAUGUACAUAUUGUUGGCAGUUCUGAUUUCAUUAGUUCAGGUGCACUUUCAUCAGAGCCUCUCGGUGUGUACUCUGCGACAGAAGAAGAAAACAAGGAAAGUGAUGAAGGUACAGACCUGUUAAGGCAAGAUGGAAAUAUUAAGGGCAACUAUUUGUUGAGUGAGUCACAUGUAGAAUCAGUGGAUAAAGAGUUUUUUACCACAGCAGAGGUAACACCUGAUGAAAAUAACCCCAGACAAAUUGAAUGCAGCAUUGAGCACGCAACAUUACCAAUAGAGCAGUUAUCUGCAGAUGAGAACCAAAUUGAGCGUUCCUCCCUUCCUUUGGACUCCCAACCUCGGGAUAGUUCUGUCUGCAUUGUUGAGCAAAUGGCCACCUCAACAGUGAACAGGAGAAAACUGGGGUCUAGUCGCAGAAAUAAAAGGCAACAGGUAAAGGAUUCUGUUGCUGAAUCAAACCGUGAAAUUAAUGAGGAAGUUGUUGAAAAUGUUAGGGGUUAUGAGGUCUUUGAAACAAUAAAAUUGUCAGAGGAAAACAUGCUGGAAGAAAUAGACAAAUCUGACACUCAUCAAAAUGAAAAGCUUAGUGGGCAAGUCAAGGAAAUUGCACAUCCUGUCGGUAUAUCUGAGUCAAGUAGUCCAACUGUACAUCCAGCUCCCUCGGUCAAUCAACAGAUUAACCAAUCAAAUGACGGGGAGAUGCCACAUGAACUUCCCAGUGUGUAUUCUUUAACAGAUGCAGAAAGUAAAGAAAGCGACGAGGUGAACGUGUCCCAUGGGAAAUCAGACGAUUUAGAGUCGCCUGUGAAACCUGAGAUAUGUACAGAAAACAGCCUCGGGCAACUCACAGAACCUGAGUGCUAUGUUGAGUGCUCUGGAGUCAGAGGAGCUGAGGAUGCUGAAAACAAAGUGCACGAAGAGGAGCUUAAACCUGCAGAAAUGCAAGAAAUCCGUCUUAUUGAUGAUUCCACUGAGAGUGUGACACACGAUGCGGCAGAAAAUUCAGAAAUCUGUUUUGCAAACCUGGCAGACCAAGCUGAAGUCAGUGACUCAUACCAAUCUGAGUCAGGUGUGAAGAGUACUGCACAUUCUGCUACGAAGCAUGGAUUUUCAAAUCUUGAUGAUAAACAAGUCAAGCAUCCCACAUUAGAAGGCAACAAGGAGCUGUUAGACCUGAUAAAUGAAGAAUAUGCAUAUGAUCAUAAGAGUCCACUGACCAGUGACAUAGAAAUAGUAGAUACUGCAGUAGGUCUGGUAUUUGGAAAUGAAGGCCAAUUAGAGGAUGAAGUUAAAGCCAGUGCUUUACAUACAAGUGACCAGAAAAAUAAAGUAUUUUUCUCUGAAGUGACGGAGAGCAAAUCUCCUACACAAACCCUGCAAUCAGGAACUCAUGCUCCUUUUGACUCACCUCAGGACAAUGCUGUGAUAAUAGACGAGAGAAGCAGCACUGACUUCAACCCCACUGGGAACAGGAAAAAAAUGGGUUCUAGUCGUAGAAUUAAAGGACGACAGAAUGUCAGGGGCUCGGGUCCUGAAUCAAAAGUGUCAUUAACGAUACAGACAGCUGUCCAGGAAAUUUUAAAGGAUGUCAUGGUGGAAGGAAAUGACAAACUCGACCUGUCUCAGACUGAAGAAAUUAGUGAUAAAAUAAUGGAAAAUGCACAGGCUACCCCCUCUGGGUUAACUAGUAUCAGUGCACAUUCAAAUCCUCCAGGAGCCCAACAGGCAAUUGAACAAUCAAAUUCCAGGCAGAUGCCCGAGGAACUUGCCAGUAUGUCUAUUGUAACAGAUACAGAAAGUAAAGAAUUAGAGGAGGACACUGACUUGUUAAGGCAGUGGGGAAUUUUACAGGCUGGCAACAUGGUGAACGAGACACGUUUAACAUCAAAGAGUGAAGAGUCCUCUGUCACACCAGAGAUAACCACAGAAAAAAACAACCACAGAGAACAUACAGAACCUAAAUGUGCAGUUGAGCAGGCAACAGUUUCAUCACCAAAAGAGGAGAUGACGACAAGGGAGGAAAAAAGUGAACAUUUCAGCUCAUCUGAUGUCAGAGGAGCUCAGCACACACAGGAUGCUGUAGAGGAAGUGCGUGAAGACGAGGCCAAGCCAACACGAAUGCAAGCAAUGCAUCAAAUUGAUUACUCUUCAUCUGAGGAGAGCAAAUCUUAUUUACAAACUCUGCAAUCAGAUACAAAGUCUCCUUUGGACUCCCAACCUAUGGACAGUUCUCUGAGCAUCGUAGAUGAAACUCCCUCAGUCUUCAAACCCACAGGGAACAGAAGAAAAUUGGGGUCAAGCCGAAGAAAUAAAGGAAAACAGCACGUCCUGGAGUCUGUCACCGAACCUACAGAAGAAGUUGUUGAAAGGACCUGUGGUGAUGAAGAAAAAAUGCCAUUCGCAACAGAGACAAUGAGGCAGGAAGAAUUGAAAGAGCAAACCGGUUCAGACUUCAAACCCACUGAGAAAACAAGAAAGAUAAGAUCAGCUGUAAAGGAGGAGGAAAACAUAGAUCAGACGUCAGAUAAAGAUACCACUCUGUCACAGAAUACUAUGGACAGCGGAAAUACAGUGACGACAGACAAAGGCGACAUUCUCAAAUCCUCAGAAGAAGUCAAUGAGGUGGAAGAAAAACUCAUAAAAGAGCCUGGGCAUUUAACUCCACGUACAGGUUAUGACAAAGUUAAAAUGGACCUGGUACAAUCUGCGGAAGCCUCAUUUUGGAAGGAUGAUUCUGGCACAAAAAAUACCUCAUAUCAUGAUGAUAAUGUCAGCAACAGGCCAGUCGCUUAUGAUCUGCUUUACCAAGAAGAAGUCCUUCAUGUCCAAAACACAGAAGCUUUGCCUUGUGACACAGACUCACUGGGACAAGAAAUGAAUAUGCAGCAUACAAAUUACGUGAGGGAAACUGUGGGAAAUGUCACGAUAAUAGACCAGAGUACAGAAGCAGAGACUUCAAUGGAUGCACAAGGGCCUGGACGAGUUGAAGCGGGAGAAGAAUGCAAAUAUCCUGCUAAUAAAUACCUUGCAGCUCAAGGCAUAAAUACCACCAAUGGAGUCACACAUGCUCUACUUUUUUCAGGUGCUCAAAAUAAAACUGAAACAAUGGCGUCAUUUGACAUCGGUCAUGAGGAAAACCUAAAAGCAAUGCCAGCUGUAAAUGUGUCCCAGGAAAGUGGAAUUUCUUUGGCAGCAGAUUCAUCUAACAGCCGACAAGAUAUACAAGAAACGCCUCUUGUAGGUAACAGUGACAUUAUGCAAGGAGAGAGGAGAGAGAUGGGCUCUACUUGCAAGACUCAACUCAAUCGAAAACACGAAGGAGAAACAGACAACAAAGACACAAUAAAAGGAAGCAACUUGGCCGUGGAAGCUGGUGUGAGAAAUCUUGACAGGAUGGAGGAAGUGGAGGAGUUAUCAUUGAAAGUAACAGCAGCGGCAUCACAAAAAGAAAAUGCGAAUCCACCACUGAGUACUGUGGAUAAAGAACAACAGGAAAUUUAUGAAACCGGUUUUGUGCACGACAAGUGGCUAAAGCUACAAAGCAGUACCUCUGACCUGCAGACUAUAAAGAGCAACACAAUACCAGACAUAGACGAUUCAAUGGCUCUCCUUCCUGAACAGGCGGCCUCCCACAAUGGGGUAGAUGUAAGUCCUGUUAGGAUUGUUCAGAGAGCUGAUGUGGAAGACAGUGAGGGAAAUGUAGAUGUUAGUGUGGAGGAUUUUAGAAGCAGUGAGUUGCAAACAUCCUCUUUGGUCAUUGGAAGAAAAAGACAAUCAAUAAAUCAGUUGUUGCCUCCAAAUGCUGAGGGCACUGACUCUGGUGUCGCCGUGUCUUUUUGUGAGACUGCAACAGGUACACAAAAUGAUGGACAAAGUCCAGAGGGCAACAAGGAAAUACAGGACCAGGCUUCAAAGUCAACAGAAUCGCCAAGUUAUGUUGUAGCAGAAUCUGUGGCCAGAGGAGGGGCUGGGGAGCAGCAUGAGAAUGUCCAGGCAAGUGCACAGGAGUCAAGCAACGUGACUGAAGGAGCUCACAGCACAGACUGUGAGAUGAAGACUGAAGGUUCACAUCUUAGCUCAACCAACAGGAGAAGAAAGAUGGGCUCCACCCGCAGGAAUCUUGGAUCACGAUCCAAAGUGAAAGACCUACAUCAAAAGCAGGAGGUGGAUAAUAAUGAGGCAACUCCAACAAAGUGUGGAGAUCUUUUGACUGAAAGUGCCUCAGGAAUCUUUGAAAAAGAGCCACAACCCCAUAAUGAACAGAAAGACAGUGACUCCAAGCAAAGCAGGGAAAAGGUAUUUGAAACAGUGGAGUUCAGACAAACAGGCGAAUCUCAGGUGAAACCUCUUGCUCAGCAGACGGAUGAAGAAAUUCCUGAUUCUCUCAGCCAACUAGCAGAAACUGAGCAUCAUCAAAAUCCAGAUUACCUACCAGCAAACCCCCCCACUUCUUCUAAACAUGAUGACAUGUCAGAAUUAGCAGCUGGAGGGAGAAGAAGAAAGAUGGGAUCUCACCGAAAGUCACAUGGACAUCAAAAGUACGAAGACCAAUCUGCAAGAGAGGACAGAAUGAAAGAUGCACAACAAGGGAGAGAUGUCGGGAGUCUGACAGACGAAAGAGGCAUCAAGACAAGAGAAGAACACGGAGAAGAGCCUUCAGGAAUGGACAGAAUAUCAGAGGUUGAUGAAAGUGACAAGAAAUCCCCCAACAUCAGCAUCUCAAACAAAUCAGAGCACUCAAGACCUCUGAGCGAGGAGGCACCUAAAAGAGAAACUCCCGUUCAACAUCCGCAUGCUGACAUCCACCUGAGACAAAAGAGUGAAAACAAGAUUUCUUUGGGUGAUUCCAGAGGAGCAGACGUCAGGUCAAAAAGUUUUAACGUAUUGUUGGUUGGAAACAGCAGCGUUGGCAAGACCUCCUUCAUGAAAAGAGCACAGAGUGGGAAGUUUUCAUUAGAUUUGGCCGCCUCUGUUGGCCUUGAUUCCUGCAUGUGGACUGUGGUAGUGGAUGGGAAGCCUGUGGUGCUCCGGUUAUGGGACACGGCAGGUCAAGAAAGGUUUCACAGCAUUACGACACAGGUUUUUCAUAAAGCCCAGGCAAUUCUCCUGAUGUAUGACAUCACAUCCUCUCAGAGCUUCUCGGCGGUCAGCUACUGGGCAAACUGUAUCCAGGAAGGGGCUGCAGAAGACGUGACCAUAAUACUUCUUGGGAAUAAGAGUGAUUGUGGAGAACGGCAGGUUAAAACUCAGGAGGGAGAAGUUCUCGCUGAGGAGUAUAACUUUGAAUUCAUGGAGUGCAGCGCUGCCACGGGUGAAAAUGUGAUUCACUCUUUGGAAACUGUCGCCAGGAUGUUGAGUCAAAUGGUUGACACAAGACAGGAAGCCAUGGUGUUACACAAAGAGCCCCCACAGAAAAAAAGAUCAGGAUGUUGCUGAACUGAUGUUUGUCCAAGAAGUCUGUGGUGAAACCCUGAACACGGUGGACGUCCUGGAGCGACUGGGGCGACUCCUCAAACUGUUCCUGUUCUUCAUCAAAACUAAGUCUGACACUCAAUCUGUUCUUUUAAUCCAAUGUGUCAUAUUAAAUUACACAUUUCAGUAAAUAUACCAAAGCUGAACAGGUAGAUUAUUGAUUGAGAGGACAGCAUAACAGUUGAUGAGUGCCUGGAUGUGUGCUUACUGCCUUUCUUUGUGUUUACCAUAUUUAGCUGGAGCAUUCUUUAACAAAGUCAGGACAUAGUUGUCAUUGAUUAUUAUAUGAUGAAUGACUCAUUUUUUUGAAUCUUUUAAAGAUGCUAUUAUAUUGCUUUACACUGUUUCAUAAUUUUAUAUUAACUUACUCUCUAUGAAAUACUUGCACUACGCUUACUUGUGCAAUUUCAAAUGAUCACAUUAAAUCAAUAUUUAUAAAAUAAUUCUGAAGAUGUAUUAAUGCAUUCCAAUGAGAACCUAAACAUAUAUAACUUUAGAAAAAGAAAAUAAAGGAAAAUUGUUCUCACAAAGAGAAUCGAUUAUGUCAUACAGCUUUAGGAUGUUAAUUUUUCCGUGUUUAAGUAUUCAUUUUAAUUUGACUUUUAUGGAAUAAAUACAGAACAAGGGACCUAUCUUUAUUUUUAAGGAUGUAUUUAAUUAUGCAACACUGCAUGCCUGUGAAGAGUGAAUCUUUUGAUUUUGGUGAACAGUGUUAUUUCUAAAUGAUAUCAGUUUGUUGUGUUUUUGUGUGUUCACCAUCUAUCCAAAUGAAUGGCGUCGGCCAGAUAAUCAUGAAUAAAUCUCAUGCCUCUAUCAUUAAGAUCGGUAGUAAGAUGAUUGACUGGCUUUCAAUAUAAAUAUCAAAUUGUUGUUAUUAUGAUGUGUAACGUGUGUCACAGAUUACCUUUAAUCAAAUUCUUAUGUCAUGCACACUUAAUAAACCUCCACAACAACCA